AUGGGCAACGAGGCGAGCCUGGAAGGGGAAGGGCUCCCCGAAGGGCUGGCGGCGGCCGCGGGAGGGGCCGGCGGCGCGGGGAGCCCCCUGCCCGCCGCGCUCCCGGCCGGCGUGGAGGCGGACCUGAGCCGGCUGAGCGAGGACGAGAGGAGGCAGAUCGCCGCCGUCAUGUCAAGGGCGCGGGGGCUGCCGGCGGGGAGCGCGCCCGCCGCCGCCGCCGCCGCAGCCGCCGCCGCCGAGCCGCCUCCCCGGCACAGGAAACAAGAGUUGGAUAGUAGUCACCUUCCGAAGCCGCCAGGAAAACCACCGGACCCAGGGCAUCCCGCUCAGCCUGGCCUCAGUAAAAGCAGAACUACGGACACUCUGAGGUCAGAACAGAAAUUGCCUGGAAGGAGUCCUUCCACUAUUAGUUUGAAAGAAUCAAAGUCCAGAACUGAUUUUAAAGAAGAGCACAAGUCUGGUAUGAUGCCUGGCUUCCUCUCAGAGGUUAACCCUUUAAGUGCUGUCUCCUCUGUUGUAAAUAAGUUCAAUCCCUUUGAUUUGAUAUCAGACUCUGAUGCAUCCCAGGAAGAAACUGCCAAGAAACAAAAAACAGCUCAGAAGGAACAAGGAAAACCCGACGGGAUCACAAAGCCUCCAUCACAACAGCAGUCACCCAAGUCAGUUCCUAAGCAGCAAGGACCUGUGAGGGCCCCGCAUCAGCAGGAUGGCUCUCCCAAAUCAGCAUCUCAGCAACCAGAACAAAUGAAAUCACAACCUCCAGGGACCGGGAAGCCAAUUCAGGGACCUACCCAGGCUCCUCAGACAGAUCAGACGAAAUUGCCGCUCCAAAGAGAUGCCACUAGGCCUCAGACUAAACAGUCAGACACGGCGAAGGGAGAAUCCCCCAAACCCUCGCUGCAAAGCUCGUCCAAACCACCGACUCAGCAAACAAGCCCUGGAAAACCUCCAGCCCAGCAGCCUGGACCUGAAAAAUUUUCCACGCCACAGCCUGGACCUGCAAAACCCUCAGCUCAGCAGCCAGGGCCAGGGAAGACCCUGGCCCAACAGCCAGGGGCAGCAAAGCCCUCAGCUCAGCAGCUGAUAGACAAACCCCCAGUCCAGCCACCAGGGACAGUAAAGCCUGCAGCUCAGCAGCCUGGGUCAAAGUCUCCGGCUCAGCCUCUGGGACCAGCAAAGCCCCCUGCCCAGCAGAUGGGGCCACCAAAAUCCCCAGCUCACCAACCUGGGCCACAGCCUCCAGCUCAGCCAGCUGGGCCUACAAAGACACCUGCGCAGCAGGUUGGGCCAGUGAAGUCUCAGGCUCAGCAGCCUGGGCCAGGAAAGACUCCUGCUCAACAGCCUGGUCCAGCAAAACCUACAGCUCAACAGCCUGGCCCAACAAAGCCCUCACCUCAACAGCCUGGGCCAGUAAAACCUACAGCUCAACAGCCUGGUCCAGCAAAACCUGCAGCUCAACAGCCUGGUCCAGCAAAACCUGCAGCUCAACAGCCUGGUCCAGCAAAACCUGCAGCUCAACAGCCUGGUCCAGCAAAACCAUCAGCUCAACAGCCUGGCCCAGUGAAACCCCCAUCUCAGCAGCCUGGCCCAGCAAAACCCCCAGCUCAACAGCCUGGGCCAACAAAACCCCUAUCUCAGCAGCCUGGCCCAGCAAAGCCCUCAGCUCAGCAAUCUACCAAACCUAUAAGCCAAUCAGGAGCUGGGAAACCUCUGCAGCCACCAACUUCUCCAUCUGCAGCCCAGAUUCCAGUUCAAGGCCUCCCUAAAACCAUCUGUCCUCUUUGCAACACUACUGAACUUCUGUUGCAUCUUCCAGAAAAGGCCAAUUUUAACACAUGCACUGGAUGUAAAACCACUGUGUGCAGCCUCUGUGGUUUUAAUCCCAAUCCUGAUAUAGCCGAGGUAAAAGAGUGGCUCUGUUUAAAUUGUCAGAUGCAAAGAGCUCUAGGAGGUGACCUGGCUCCCAUUCCAUCAUCACCCCAGCCCAAACCGAAGGCAGCCCCAGUUAUUCCCGCAUCAGUGGUGAGCAAGCCAUCCCCACAGUCACAGCAGAUUUCUCCGAAGAAGGAUACUGCUCCCAAACAGGAUAUCUCAAAGGCACCUGAGUCUAAAAAACCUCCACCACUAUUGAAACAACCAACCCUUCACGGUUCUCCCCCCGUCACGGCCAAGCAGCCUCACGUGGCAGAAUCCUCAUCCAAGCCAGCCCCUCCCAAAGAGCCUUCUGUCCCAUCCGAGCCGGCCAAGGUCCCCAUGGCUGAUGAUAAACCAAAGCAGCCCAAGACGGCGAAGCCAGCCACAGACAUUGUGUCUUCAUCGCCAACAGCAACAAAACCUGAUAUUCCAAGCUCCAAAAUACAACCCCAGGAUCAAGAGAAAACAGCUCCUCCCCUGAAAACAGACUCUGCCAAACCUUCACAGAGUUUCCCACCAACUGGAGAAAAAGUCACCCCAUUCGAUUCUAAAGUCAUACCUCGGCCUGCAUCAGAUUCGAAAAUUUUAUCACAUCCGGGGCCCAGUGCGGAGAGCAAAGGUAAAAAACAAGUGGACCCAGUCCAAAAGAGGGAAGAACCCAAGAAAACACAAACCAAAACCAGCCCUAAGCCAGAUGCCAAGCCUGUGCCAAAAGGGUCACCAACACCUUCCGGCCCACGACCUACCGCUGGCCAAACUGCACCCCAAUCUCCCCAGCCACCAAAGCCUCAGGAGCAGUCAAGGCGUUUCAGCCUGAAUGUGGGGAGUAUUACUGAUGCUCCUAAGUCACAGCCCACCACCCCUCAAGAAACGAUGACGGGGAAGCUCUUUGGGUUUGGAGCGUCAAUCUUCAGCCAGGCAUCAAAUUUAAUCUCCACAGCAGGCCAGCCUGGAUCUCAUGCACAGAGUGGGCCAGGAGCCCCAGCAAAACAAGCCCCUCCUCCCGCACAGCCCCCUCCUUCUCAGGGGCCACCCAAGUCUACAGGUCAGGCACCACCAGCACCUGCCAAGGUCCUUCCUGUGAAAAAGGAAGCAAAAGCUCCAGGAGCUGAAAAAUUAGAGCCCAAAGCUGAGCAAGUUCCAACCGUCAAAAGAACAGAAACAGAAAAGAAGCCUCAGCCUACCAAAGAUCGAAAACCAUCAGCAGCUGAGCCUCCAAAGGCUGAGCUUCCCCCACAAGUGGAGAAACCCUCCAAACCAGCAUCAGCCUGUCCUCUCUGCAAAACUGAGCUCAACGUAGGUUCCAAGGAGCCUCCUAAUUUCAACACUUGCACCGAGUGCAAGCAACAAGUGUGUAAUCUCUGUGGAUUUAACCCUACGCCACACUUGACGGAGAUUCAAGAAUGGCUUUGUUUAAAUUGCCAAACCCAGAGAGCGAUGUCCGGGCAGCUUGGAGACAUGGGCAAAAUGCCUCCUGCACCGUCAGGGCCAAAAGCCCCUCCUAUGCCUUUUCCUACAGAGCAGUCACCUCAGAAAACGGCCACGCCUGGUCAAGCGAAAGUUAAAAAGAAGGAACAAGAAGCAAAAACAGAAGGUGACAAAAUCAUACCAGAAAAAGUAAAAGAAACACCUUUAUUUGAAAAAAUGUCUCCCAAGGUAACCACAGAUAAAAAACAAGAAGAACGUAAACAAGAAAAAGACCGAGAUUUAGCCCCUCAAGAAAAAAAAACAAUCCAUGAAGAAAAACAGCCUCCUCCUGAAGAAAAAAAGGCGGUCCCUGGAGACAAAAAGCCACCUCCUGAAGAGAGAAAACCAUCCACCGAAGGGAAAAAACCUCCUGAAGAAGAAAAAACAACCACUGAGGACAAAAAGCCAACCACUGAGGACAAAAAGCCAACCACUGAGGACAAAAAGCCAACCACUGAGGACAAAAAGUUUCCUCCAGGAGCAAAAACAUCAGCUCUAGAGGAGGAACAGAAACAGACUUUGCUUAAAACUCAAGUACAAGUUGCUGAAGAAAAGCCUGAAGACAGAGUGGCUCCGCAGGCAGUGCCAGGAAAGCAGCCACCCCCCAUGCAGAUGGAGGGUUUACUGCCUGGGACCCUUCAGACAUUGCCUGAGGGGGAUGAUGGGGCAGCUCAGGGAAUAAAAGAUCAGCCACAGGAAGUCCAUGCAGCAAAGCCUGAUCAGGUGGAACCUGGGAAAGAAAAAGCAGAAAAGGAAGAUGACAAAUCAGACACCUCAAGUACUCAACAGCCAAAAAGUCCACAAGGUCUAAGUGACACAGGAUAUUCUUCCGAUGGCAUAUCAGGUUCACUUGGUGAAAUCCCAAGUCUUAUUCCAAGUGAUGAGAAGGAUUUGCUCAGGGGACUCAAAAAGGACUCAUUUUCACAAGAAAGCAGCCCCUCCAGCCCCUCAGACUUGGCCAAGUUAGAAAGCACAGUCCUCUCCAUUUUGGAAGCCCAGGCAAGUACGCUCAUUGAAGAAAAGUCAGAAAAGAAAACACCACCCCAAGAGGUUUCUCCUGAGAAGCCUAAGGAGGAGCCGAAAACUCAGAGUUUAACUCAAACAAUGGAAACUACAGUUUCAGAAGAGAAGCUCAAAGAGAGCCAAGAAGCAAAGGACACUUUUACAAAAGAUGGCCAACAAGGUGCUCCUCCCAGAAAGGACCACAAAGAAAAGGCUGAGUUUGCUGAUGACAUAGCUGCCAGAAGACAGCCUUACGAUUCCGUGGAAGACAGCAGUGAAAGUGAGCACUCACCUGUCCCACCGAGAAAGCGGAGAACUAGUGUGGGCUCAUCAAGCAGCGAUGAGUAUAAACAGGAAGAUAGCCAAGGAUCCGGUGAAGAGGAGGACUUUAUUCGAAAGCAAAUCAGAGAAAUGAGUGCCGAUGAGGACGCUUCAGGUUCUGAGGACGAUGAGUUCAUCAGGAACCAGCUCAAACAGAUCAGUGGUAUUAUCGAGAGCCAGAAGAAAGAAGACACGAAAGGAAAAGGGAAAGUCACUGCAGGGAAACACAAGCGACUGACUCGAAAAAGUAGCACAAGCUUUGAGGAAGACGCAGGGAGGCGCCAUUCGUGGCAUGAUGAAGAUGAUGAGACGUUUGACGAAAGUCCUGAAAUUAAAUACAGAGAGACUAAAAGUCAGGAGAGUGAAGAACUUGUAGUUGCUGGAGGAGGAGGAGGGCUCCGUCGAUUUAAAACAAUUGAACUCAACAGCACGCUAGCAGACAAGUAUUCUGCAGAGUCAUCACAGAAAAAAACAGCUCUGUAUUUUGAUGAAGAGCCAGAAUUAGAAAUGGAAAGCCUGACAGACUCUCCAGAAGACAGGUCGAGGGGGGAAGGAUCCUCUAGUCUUCAUGCUUCCAGCUUCACUCCUGGCACAUCCCCUACAUCGGUGUCAUCGCUUGAUGAGGACAGUGACAGUAGCCCAAGUCACAAAAAAGGGGAGAGCAAGCAGCAACGCAAAGCUAGGCACAGGUCGCAUGGCCCUCUUUUACCCACUAUUGAAGAUUCUUCAGAGGAAGAAGAAUUGAGAGAGGAAGAAGAAUUACUGAAGGAGCAAGAAAAGCAGCGGGAAUUAGAACAGCAACAAAGAAAAAGCUCUAGUAAAAAAUCAAAGAAAGACAAAGAUGAGCUUCGAGCUCAGAGAAGGAGGGAAAGACCAAAGACCCCCCCCAGUAACCUCUCUCCCAUUGAAGAUGCAUCUCCCACAGAAGAACUGCGUCAGGCUGCGGAAAUGGAGGAGCUCCAUCGCUCUUCUUGUUCCGAAUACUCACCUAGCAUAGAGUCGGAUCCAGAGGGUUUUGAAAUAAGCCCAGAAAAAAUAAUUGAAGUGCAGAAAGUUUACAAAUUGCCCACAGCUGUGUCUUUAUACUCACCAACAGAUGAGCAUGCCGUUAUGCAGAAAGAAGGUGGCCAAAAGGCAUUAAAAAGCGCUGAGGAGAUGUAUGAAGAAAUGAUGCAUAAAACUCACAAAUACAAAGCUUUUCCAGCUGCAGAUGAGCGAGAAGAAAUGUUUGAAAAGGAGCCCUUGUAUGGUGGGAUGCUAAUAGAGGAUUACAUUUAUGAGUCUUUAGUAGAGGACACAUACAAUGGUUCAGUCGAUGAUGGUCUGCUAACAAGGCAAGAAGGUGAAAAUGGAUUUAUGCAGCAGAGAGGGCGAGAGCAAAAAAUAAGACUUCCAGAACAGAUUUAUGAGGAUCCUAUGCAGAAAAUUACAGACCUCCAGAAAGAGUUUUAUGAGUUAGAAAGCUUACAUUCUGUUGUGCCUCAAGAAGAUGUUGUUUCAAGUUCUUAUAUCAUCCCAGAAAGCCAUGAGAUAGUAGAUCUGGAUAGCAUGGUAGCUUCUACCAGUGAAGAAAAAAAGUUACUGGAUGCUGAUGCUGCCUAUGAAGAACUCAUGAAGAGGCAGCAGAUGCAGUUAACACCUGAAUCCAGUCCAACUCAACCCCCCAUCAGGGAAGACAUGGCAGAGGCCCCGAUGGACUUUGACAGGUUGCCCGAUGAAUCUUUGACAUCAAGUAUUCUUUCAGGAGCAUCUCUUACAGAUUCGACCAGCAGUGCGACACUCUCAAUUCCUGAUGUUAAAAUAACCCAACAUUUUUCAACCGAGGAAAUUGAAGAUGAAUAUGUAACCGAUUACACGAGAGAAAUUCAAGAGAUAAUUGCCCAUGAAUCACUGAUUUUGACCUACUCUGAGGCUUCAGAAAGUGCUACGUCUGUCCCACCCUCUGACACACCUUCCCUCACAUCAUCUGUUUCUUCAGUUUGUACCACAGAUAGCUCCUCACCCAGUACUACCCUGGAUAGCAUAACUACAGUUUAUUCAGAGCCAGUAGAUAUAGUGACUAAACUAGGAGAUCCUGGGGAUAUUUCUUCUUCAACAUAUUUUCAAGGUAGCAUCAUAGACUAUCCAGAAGAAAUAAAUAUGUCUUUAGAUCAGACUACCAUACCAGAUGGUAGAACUAGUACUGAUCAUCUUUCAAUUUCUUUAUCUGAUAUGACACCUUCUAUCUUAGAACCUAAAGAAACUAAACCCAAGGGGCUAAUUGCUGACACUAUUUCCACUGACUUAUCUAUAUCUGAAAAGGACUCAGUGAAGAAAGCCAAGAAGGAAACUGGGAAUGGAAUUAUUCUAGAAGUUUUGGAAGCAUACAGAGAUAAAAGGAAGGAUUCUGAGGCUGAACUAGCUAAAACUAGCUUAUCUGAAACCAUGUUUGAUCAACCGCCUUCUGGAAUAGCCUUUCCAAUGAAGGAGCAAGUUUCAGCUGCAUGCUUUGUAUCUGGAGAGAACUUUGGUCAAGCAAAACCUGCAUCUCAGUUACCAUCUGGCGGUCCUUCAGUUUCCUCUCUUCCAACUAAAACACACCCAUUCCUACGAAGCUCUUCUUUGGAUACAUCAGCUCAACCUCCUCCCCCUCCUCCCCCUCCCCCUCCUCCUCCUCCCCCUCCCCCUCCCCCUCCUCCUCCACCACUUCCUCCACCAACCUCACCUAAACCUGCUAUUCAUCCUAAGAAAAAAUUAACAGUUACAGCUCCAGUGACUCUAACUAUGACAGCUGCAUCUCUAGUCGACACUGUUACUACUAUAGAGACCACAGCUGUUCCAAGGAGUAAUGGAUUACCUAUAACAAAAAUAUGUACCACUGCACCUCCUCCAGUUCCUCCUAAGCCAUCUUCCAUUCCAUCUAGACUUGUAUUUACCCACAGACCUGAGCCAAGCAAACCUCCCAUUGCCCCUAAACCCCCCAUUACUCAGCACUCAGGGCCUACACCAAAACCAACAGAUUCCCACCCCAAACCAACAGGUUUGCCUUCAAAUAUGACAUUAAAUUUAGUCACUUCAGCAGAUUAUAAAUUGCCUUCCCCUACCUCCCCACUCUCCCCUCAUUCUAAUAAGUCCUCACCAAGGUUGUCCAAAUCCCUCAUGGAAACAUAUGUGGUUAUCACGCUGCCAUCUGAACCUGGGACUCCAACAGAUUCUUCUGGUCAGGCAAUUACCAGUUGGCCCCUAGGAUCGCCUCUCAAAGAUAUGAUCGCCACCGAACCUGUAUUUUCUGUAGUUCCUCCUAUCACAGCUCCAGAAAUGUCAUAUUCAUCACAACAGAGCCUGCGCAUCUCAGGAGCUUUGGAUACGUUUCCUGCCAUCCCUGUCGCAACACUAUCUUCCUGUCAAGCAGCCCCGAUUUCCAUUACACCUUUUCUUACAACUGAAGUUUCUAAGGCAGAGAUUCCAGCAGCCAGAAGUACAGUCCCUAGUGUCGGUCUCAGCAGCGUCUCUGUAACAAUUCCCCCAGAGCCUCUUGCUUUAGAUACCCUGCAUUUAGAAAAGCGUCAGCGUAAAGAAAACGGAAGGUUGCAGCUUAUCGGGGAUGCCAUGGAUUUGCGUACAGCACCAAAAGUAGAAGUUAAAGCGACUGAGAAAUGUAUGGAUCUUUCUGCUUCUGCAAUGGAUGUGAAAAGACAGACCUCGGGAAAAGAAGCUUAUGGGAGACAAAUCAGUGCCGUCCAACCCUCUAUUAUAAAUCUCAGUGCAACUCCAUCAGUCGUGACUCCAAUAUCCCUGGUCCCUGAGACAGUGACUGCUGUCACGUGCACAGCUAGUGCAAGCUAUACUGCAGGCCCGGAGAGCCUAGUGAGUGUAGAACAUGGAACAGCAACACCACUCCAGCUUACUACAGCAAAGCACACUGAACACCCUCACAGGAUACCAAGUGGCCAGUCCUUCCCUACAGUUAAGCAGGAAGCACCAAUGAACUUAUCUUUAAGCACUUCAGCACAGGCAAUGACACUGGCGACUGCAAAGCCAAUUACCGUGCCUCCUGUUGGUAUCACAAAUGGAUGGACUGAUAGCACCACAUCCCAGGGCCUCACUGAUGGAGAGGCAGUGGAUCUCAGUACAACAAAGUCUCACAGGACUCUUGUCACAAUGGAUGAAUCUACUUCAAGUGUGGUGACGAAAAUAAUAGAGGACGAUGAGAAGCCUGUUGAUCUGACUGCUGGGAGAAGAGCUGUAUGUUGCGAUGUAGUUUACAAAUUACCUUUCGGGAGGAGCUGCACAGCACAGCAGCCUGCAACGACUCUUCCUGAGGAUCGGUUUGGUUACAGGGAUGACCACUAUCAGUAUGACCGAUCGGGGCCAUACGGUUACAGAGGGGUUGGGGGAAUGAAGCCUUCCAUGUCUGACACUAAUUUAGCAGAAGCUGGACAUUUUUUCUAUAAAAGUAAGAAUGCUUUUGGUUAUUCAGGAGAAACUGAUGCAGCAGUAGAUCUAACUUCAGGGAGAAGUUCUACAGGUGAGGUAAUGGAUUAUUCAAGCAAGACUGCAGGUGCAUAUCCAGAAACACGACAAGUCAUUUCAGGAAUUGGGAUUAGUACCCCACAGUAUUCCACAGCCAGAAUGACGCCACCUCCAGGAUCCCAGUAUGGUGUGGGGAGUGUUUUGAGGUCAACUAAUGAUGUUGUCUAUUCUUCAGAGGCAACUCCAGUUCCCUCCACAUUUGCUAUCACCACACAACCUGGCUCCAUUUUCAGCACUACCGUGAGGGAUCUGGCUGGUGCGCACACAACUGAUGCAGUGACUUCAUUCUCCACCCUGCACCAGAGCCAGCCGAUGCCUAGAUCCUAUUUUCUAACAACAGGGGCAUCUGAAACAGACAUUGUAGUAACUGGUAUUGAUAUCAACGCCGGUCUACAAACUAUUACUAUGGAAACUCUCACCACUGAGACAGUAGACUCAGUUCCCACGUUAACCACAGCAUCUGAAGUGUUUUCCGAAGUGGUGGGAGAGGAAAGUGCUCUUUUAAUGGUCCCUGAAGAAGAUAAACAACAGCAGCAGCUGGACUUAGAGCGUGAGCUCCUGGAGCUGGAGAAAAUCAAGCAACAGCGUUUUGCUGAAGAGUUGGAGUGGGAGCGUCAGGAAAUUCAAAGGUACCGAGAACAGGAAAAGAUGAUGGUUCAAAAAAAGCUAGAGGAGCUGCAGUCUAUGAAGCACCACCUUCUCUAUCAGCAGGAAGAGGAACGUCAAGCCCAGUUCAUGAUGAGGCAGGAGACAUUAGCUCAGCAGCAGUUACAGCUGGAGCAGAUCCAACAGCUGCAGCAAAAGCUUCACCAGCAGCUGGAGGAGCAGAAGAUCCGCCAGAUCUAUCAGUACAACUAUGAUCCCUCUGGAACCGCUUCUCCACAAACCACGUCAGAGCAGGCGAUGCUGGAAGGGCAGUAUGCUGCCCCAGAAGGUGGUCAGUUUUGGGCAGCUGAGGAUGCAACCACCACAGCCUCAGCCGUUGUGGCGAUUGAAAUACCACAAAGCCAAGGAUGGUACACAGUUCAGUCCGAUGGCGUUACUCAGUACAUUGCCCCACCCGGCAUCCUGAGUACAGUUUCAGAAAUACCUCUAACAGACGUUGUUGUAAAAGAUGAAAAACAACCCAAAAAGAGAAGUUCUGGAGCUAAAGUCCGUGGACAGUAUGACGAGGCGGGGGAAACUAUGGCAGAGGACCCCCGCUGUUUUAAAAAAAUAGUAGACAGUGGUGUGCAAACCGAUGAUGAAGAUGCAGCAGAUCGGGGUUAUACGAGUAGGAGAAGGAAAACUAAAAGGAGUGUUGAUACAAGUGUCCAAACGGAUGAUGAAGAUCAGGAUGAAUGGGACAUGCCUGCUAGAUCAAGGAGAAAAACUCGUGUAGCAAAGUAUGGCGAUAGCACUACGGAGGCUGAGAAGACCAAAGCCCUUUCCAAAGUCUCCAGCAUAGGAGUCCAGACAGUGGCAGAGAUAUCUGUGCAAACUGAACCAGUUGGAACCAUAAGGACACCUUCGAUACGGGCGCACGCGGAUGCCAAGGUAGAAAUAAUUAAACACAUUUCAGCACCCGAAAAGACUUACAAAGGGGGCAGUUUAGGAUGUCAAACAGAAGCAGAUUCAGAAACACAGAGUCCUCAAUACUUGAGUGCCACAUCUCCACCCAAAGACAAGAAACGCCCAACACCUUUAGAGAUUGGUUAUUCAUCUCACCUUCGGCCAGAUUCCACACAACAGCUGGCUCCUUCCCCACCCAAAUCUCCAAAAGUCCUUUAUUCACCCAUCUCACCACUUUCACCAGGCAAAGCCUUAGAAUCAGCCUUUGUACCUUAUGAAAAACCCCUCCCUGAUGACAUAAGUCCACAGAAAGUACUGCAUCCAGACAUGGCUAAAGUUCCCCCAGCGAGUCCUAAGACAGCCAAGAUGAUGCAGCGGUCCAUGUCUGACCCCAAGCCUCUGAGUCCAACAGCAGACGAAAGUUCCAGGGCUCCUUUUCAGUAUACCGAGGGCUACACGACAAAAGGUUCUCAAACUACAACACCCUCUGGCACCCAGAAAAAAGUGAAGAGAACUCUGCCGAACCCACCUCCUGAGGAGACCUCCACAGGGACUCAGUCAACGUACAGCACAAUGGGCACAGCUUCCAGGAGAAGGAUCUGCAGAACCAACACAAUGGCACGCGCCAAGAUUCUCCAGGAUAUAGACCGAGAACUUGAUCUUGUAGAGAGAGAGUCUGCAAAACUUAGAAAGAAACAAGCAGAGCUUGAUGAGGAAGAGAAGGAGAUAGACGCCAAGUUACGGUACCUGGAAAUGGGAAUUAACAGGAGGAAGGAGGCACUGUUAAAGGAGAGAGAGAAGAGAGAGCGAGCCUACCUCCAGGGGGUGGCUGAGGAACGGGAUUACAUGUCUGACAGUGAGGUGAGCAGCACCAGGCCAUCCCGAGUAGAAAGUCAGCAUGGCCUAGAGCGACCGAGAACCGCUCCCCAAACCGAAUUCAGCCAGUUCAUACCCCCGCAAACCCAAACAGAAUCUCAGCUAGUUCCUCCUACGAGUCCUUACACACAAUACCAAUACUCGUCUCCUGCUCUUCCUACCCAGGCACCCACCCCGUACACCCAGCAAUCCCAUUUUCAGCAACAAACUCUGUACCACCAGCAGGUUUCACCUUAUCAGACUCAGCCAACCUUCCAAGCUGUGGCAACAAUGUCCUUCACACCUCAAGCUCAACCUACACCAGCCCCACAACCUUCUUACCAGUUACCGUCACAGAUGAUGGUGAUACAACAAAAGCCACGGCAAACUACGUUAUAUCUGGAGCCCAAGAUUACUUCAAACUAUGAGGUGAUUCGAAACCAGCCCCUGAUGAUAGCACCUGUUUCUACUGACAAUACAUACGCCGUUUCCCAUCUUGGUAGUAAGUACAAUAGCCUAGACCUGAGAAUGGGGUUGGAGGAGAGAAGCAGCAUGGCAAGCAGUCCAAUAUCAAGCAUUUCUGGAGAUUCCUUUUACGCAGAUCUUGACCACCACACUUCACGGAAUUUUGUCCUAAUUGAUGACAUUGGAGAGAUCGCCAAAGGAACAGCAGCGUUAACCACUGCAUUUAAUCUUCACGAAAAAGAUCUGUCCAAAACAGACCGCCUCCUUAGAACGACUGAAACACGGAGGUCUCAAGAAGUGACCGAUUUCCUAGCACCUCUGCAGACUUCCUCAAGAUUGCAUAGUUAUGUGAAAGCAGAGGAAGAUCCGAUGGAGGAUCCUUACGAGUUAAAGCUUCUGAAGCAGCAGAUUAAACAAGAAUUCCGUAGAGGGGCAGAGAACCUCGAUCACCUGGCCGGUCUUUCCCAUUAUUACCAUGGUGAUACCAGCUAUAGACAUUUUCCCAAAUCGGAAAAGUACAGCAUUAGUAGACUCACACUUGAAAAACAAGCAGCAAAACAACUUCCACCAGCCAUACUCUAUCAAAAGCAGUCCAAGCAUAAGAAAUCACUAAUUGAUCCUAAAAUGUCAAAAUUUUCACCCAUUCAAGAAAGCAGAGACCUUGAACCUGAUUAUUCAAGCUAUAUGACCUCUGGCACUUCUUCUAUUGGUGGAAUCUCUUCCAGAGCAAGGCUUCUUCAAGAUGAAAUCACUUUUGGCCUCCGAAAAAAUAUCACAGACCAACAAAAAUUUGUGGGAUCAUCUCUUGGCUCAGGACUGGGGACAUUAGGGAAUACCAUACGGUCAGCUCUGCAGGAUGAAGCGGACAAGCCAUACAGUAGUGGCAGCAGGUCCAGACCUUCUUCCAGACCUUCUUCUGUCUACGGGCUUGAUUUAUCAAUAAAAAGAGAUUCUUCCAGUUCUUCUCUAAGACUGAAAGCUCAAGAAGCUGAAGCUCUAGAUGUUUCCUUUGGUCAUGCAUCACCCUCUGGCAGAACUAAGCCUACCAGUUUGCCAAUUAGCCAGAGUAGAGGAAGAAUACCAAUCGUGGCCCAGAAUUCUGAAGAAGAAAGUCCACUCAGUCCUGUUGGCCAGCCAAUGGGAAUGGCCAGGGCUGCAGCUGGACCCCUGCCACCAAUAUCUGCAGACACCAGAGAUCAGUUUGGAUCAAGUCACUCAUUGCCUGAAGUUCAGCAACACAUGAGAGAAGAAUCACGGACUCGAGGCUAUGACCGUGACAUAGCUUUCAUCAUGGAUGACUUCCAACAUGCCAUGUCAGACAGUGAAGCCUAUCAUCUGCGUCGUGAAGAAACAGAUUGGUUUGACAAACCCAGGGAAUCUCGUUUGGAAAAUGGACAUGGUCUGGAUCGAAAACUGCCAGAAAGAUUGGUCCACUCUAGACCACUCAGUCAACAUCAAGAGCAAAUUAUACAGAUGAAUGGGAAGACUGUGCACUAUAUCUUUCCUCAUGCAAGGAUAAAAAUAACAAGGGACUCUAAGGAUCACACAGUUUCAGGUAAUGGAUUAGGAAUUAGAAUUGUGGGUGGUAAAGAAAUUCCUGGACACAGCGGAGAAAUUGGAGCGUAUAUUGCCAAGAUUCUUCCUGGGGGAAGUGCAGAACAGACAGGGAGACUUGCGGAAGGGAUGCAAGUUUUGGAAUGGAAUGGAAUUCCUUUAACUUCUAAAACAUACGAAGAAGUGCAGAGUAUCAUUAGUCAGCAAACUGGGGAAGCAGAAAUAUGUGUAAGACUGGACCUCAAUAUGCUCUCAGAUUCUGAAAAUCCCCAGCACCUGGAACUUCAUGAACCACCAAAAUCUGUGGAUAAAGCAAAGUCCCCAGGGGUGGAUCCUAAGCAACUGGCUGCAGAGCUCCAGAAGGUUUCGCUACAGCAGUCGCCGCUGGUUAUGUCCUCCGUCGUGGAAAAAGGAUCUCAUGCUCAUUCAGGCCCUACAUCAGCAGGAUCCAGUUCUGUCCCCAGCCCCGGGCAACCAGGGUCCCCCUCGGUGAGCAAAAAGAAACACAGCAGCAGCAAGCCUACUGAUGCAACAAAGGUUGUCUCUCAUCCAAUUACAGGAGAAAUUCAGCUUCAAAUCAACUAUGAUCUUGGCAAUCUCAUAAUACACAUUCUCCAAGCAAGAAACUUAGUCCCUCGAGACAACAAUGGUUAUUCUGACCCUUUUGUUAAAGUGUACCUUCUUCCAGGGCGAGGUCAAGUCAUGGUUGUCCAGAAUGCAAGUGCUGAAUACAAGAGAAGGACUAAAUAUGUUCAGAAAAGUCUUAAUCCUGAGUGGAAUCAAACAGUAAUUUAUAAAAGUAUCUCCAUGGAACAGCUCAAGAAGAAAACACUGGAGGUGACAGUCUGGGAUUAUGAUAGAUUUUCUUCUAAUGACUUUCUUGGUGAGGUAUUGAUUGAUUUAUCUAGCACAUCUCACCUCGAUAACACUCCCCGGUGGUAUCCGCUCAAAGAACAGACUGAAAGCAUUGAUCAUGGCAAGUCCCAUUCUGGUCAAAGCAGCCAGCAGUCCCCAAAGCCAUCUGUCAUCAAAAGCAGAAGCCAUGGUAUCUUCCCUGACCCGUCCAAGGACAUGCAGGUUCCCACCAUUGAGAAGUCCCACAGUAGUCCUGGCAGCUCGAAAUCCUCAUCCGAAGGCCACCUCCGCUCUCACGGACCGUCUCGCAGCCAAAGCAAAACCAGCGUCACCCAGGCCCACCUGGAAGACGCGGGGGCCGCCAUAGCCGCUGCCGAAGCCGCCGUGCAGCAGCAACGCCUUCAACCAACAAAGCCUACCAAUCACCGGCCUGCAGACAGCUCCGUGUCCACCGGCUCCUCAGGCAGCAGCUUUGGCAGUGGGUAUAGCGUGGACAGUGAAGGAAGCAGCAGCACUGCAGGGGAGACUAAUCUAUUUCCUAUUCCAAGGAUAGGGAAGAUGGGGCAGAAUGGGCAAGAUCCUAUGAAACAGCCAGGAGUUGGAGUGGGCCUAUCAGACACUGAAGUUAAAACUCAGGUAAUGGGAGAAAUCAAGAUUGCCUUGAAGAGGGAAAUGAAGACAGAUGGUGAACAGCUAGUAGUUGAAAUUCUCCAAUGCAGAAAUAUCACCUACAAAUUUAAAUCUCCUGAUCAUUUACCAGAUUUAUAUGUGAAAAUAUAUGUGAUGAACAUUUCUACCCAAAAAAAGGUGAUCAAGAAAAAAACAAGAGUAUGUAGACACGAUCGAGAGCCUUCAUUCAAUGAAACUUUUCGAUUCAGCCUAAGUCCUGCUGGACAUUCUCUUCAGAUUUUACUUUUCUCCAACGGAGGGAAAUUUAUGAAAAAGACCUUGAUUGGUGAAGCCUGUGUCUGGCUUGACAAAGUGGAUCUCAGAAAAAGAAUAGUCAACUGGCACAAACUUUUGGUCAGUUCUACUCAAACCCAUUGA